GUAAAAUCUCGCGUUUGGGGCGACACGCUGGAAACCGAAUAUCGAGACUGCUGACACAGCUGGCCAGUUUUUACCGUUUAACUUUUUUUUUUUUAAAUAAAUUUCUACUACCGUGACAUUUCUAAGUUGAGUGCUAGGAUUGCCCGUGUACUCAUUUCUUCUGUUGAUAAUCCUUUGGGAUGAAAUUCUUCAUUAAGAUUUGGACAUAAUAAGUCUUCAUUUAUUGGGAACUUUAAGUGAGCAAAACGCAAAAGUUUAUAAGAGCUGAGAGAGAAGGAACUGUGUCUAAGAAAAGCAUUCACAAAUGAGAGGUUAUCAUGUCUAUUCACUUCUUUGGUUGGGAAACUCAUACUGAGAGACGAAGACUCCUAAAGCCUGGACAGCAUCCUAGGACGGGGCAUAGAUACACUAUGUUCCAUGGCACACAUAAAAGCAAUGCUGAAGCCAUCGUUACAUCAGGCUUCCGUCCAUCCUCUGGAGGUACUCUGGGAGCUGGAGUAUACUGUAGCCGGAAUAUCAUGAAGGCAAUGAAUUAUCCUGUAGCAUGUAGCAGCAAUGACAGAGUGGUGUUUCAGCUCAGAGUACGAGUUGGAAAAGUCAAGAAGAUUGAUCAGCACAACUUUAAUAUGGCUACUACCUGGCACCAGCAAGGCUAUGAUACUGCAUGGUUGCCCCCUACUGUUGCAGGAUUAGAGGAAGACUGUGUAUGGGACCCAGAUAGACUAGUUGUAGUGGGCAUUGCACAUUGCACUGAUACAUCAUUUAGGAAGAAACUUGAAGAACUGAUCAGGGCACAGCCUAAGGCCAAACUGGAUGAAGGAACUAGCAGUCAAAAUAAAUGUAUCGCAUGUGGGUGGCCUGUGUGUGACCAUGAAACCAUACAGUGCUGGGGCUGCAAGAAAACAAUCUGCCCUUUCUUGGUUAAACACAAGUGCAAAGAGAAAUCUGAAAUCAAACCAAAUUAGAAUUAGGGAUUACUGGGACCUAGAUAUACUGAGUUUUCUUUAGAAAUUAUUAAAUUAAAAGCAUUUCUCCAUUUGUUUUUCUUUUUCAUGUGAUUGUUAAAUUGUAUGAUUCCCACAUCUUGUGAUUCACGUCAUGCAAUCAGGCAUGUAUUCUUUACAAGCAGCAGUAAAAUCUUCAAAAAGAUAGUUAAUGCCUAUGGGCAGCAAGAAGAAUAUGAGUAACGAACAAUAAAUGGUGAUGUGGUAUGA